AUGGCAACAAGUGUACAUUCAAAUUCUGUUUCUUAUUCAUCAUCAUCAAAUCAACAUUUACCAACACGAAAUGUUGUACUUCAUAAACGACCAGAUCAUAGUGGUUUUGGAAUAUAUAUUGGUGAAGAUUUUCCAACAGGCAUUUAUAUUGUUACUGUAGAACGUAAUUCACCUGCAUCAGAUGCUAAUAUUCAACCAGGUGAUCAUAUUUUAGCUAUUAAUGGACAGUUAGUAUCAUCUAUGACUAAAAAUCCAAAAGAAAUACUUUGUCAAGCUGCAACUAAUUCUGAAACUUUAGAACUUACAAUUCAAUCAACAGAUAUAUUUCAAACACUUGAUAUACCAUUAAUAAAUAGUUAUAAAAAUAAUGAAAAUAAUCAUAAACAACAAAAAUCAUCACAACAAACAUUCGAUAAAAAUACAGAUCUUGAAAAUUAUAUUAAAUCAAUAUUGGGUAAUGAAAAUAUACAAUUAGUACCAUUACCAGAUUCAUUACAGAAUAAUGAAUUUAUUUUAAGAUCUGAUACAUAUCCAAUUUCAUCAAAGUCAAAGAAUUUAAAUUCAUAUCCAACUUAUGCUUCUCAUUCAAAAGGUCAUGGAGAAGAACAUCGUCAUCAUCAUCAUCAUCAUCAUCGUCGUUCAAAACGAAAACUUGUUGAAACAAAACAAACUCAAACAUCUAUGGAUGAUAGUCAAGAUGAAAAUAUAUCACAAGAACAACCAUCAACUGCACUAUUACGACAAUAUCCAGUACAACCAAGUAUGGGCACAUCAUAUCGUAUGUUACGUACACAACAAUUUAAUUCAAAUGAUAAUCCAAUAAAUGAAUCAAAUGAUCCAAAAACUUUAUUAAAUAAUAAAAGUUCAGAUUCAAUAAUUAUUACAUCUACAGAUACUACUGUUACACCAGUUUCACAACCCGAUAAAAUAACUCGUGAUACAACAGCAACUAUUCGUCCUCCACAAACACAACAUAUGGCUGAUAUUGUUGAAGCUGCUGUAGCUGCUUCACGUAAUAAUCGUGAACUAGCUAAAAAACCCGAAGAAAUUUCUACUCGUCAACCAGUUGAAAUUCCUAAACAAACGGCAACACCUCCACCAUAUCAACCAACAGAUCCAAUCAAUCAACGAAGUACUAUUACUACUGCUCCAGUACAAAAUCAAAAUCCACCAUUACCACCCUACACACCAACAGCUCAAACAUAUCCAUCACCAAAACCAACUAAUAAUCGAGAAAAUACUAAUGAAGGUACAUAUAAUGUUCGUAAUGCUCAACAAAAUCGACCAGAAAUAGUAUCAUCACCACCUAAUGAAAAUAAAAUUCCACCAACAAUACGUGGUGAAGGUGUACGUACUGUACAUUUACAUCGUUCCGACAAUUAUGAAGGUUUUGGUUUUCAUUUACAAUAUAAUAAAACUUAUUUUCUUGUUCACAAAAUUGAAAAUGAUAGUCCAGCUGCUGGUAGUGGUCUUCGUAUAGAUGAUGUUGUAUUAUCAGUAAAUCAACAAUCAACAGAAAAUAUGCCACAUGGUACAUUUGUUAAAUUAGUUGGUGAAAGUUCUGAUGUGGAUUUUAUUGUUCAACCUCGUGAAGAAUAUUUACGUGUAAAUAUUCGACCAAAAUUGAAUGCACAACAGACACCAACACCUUCAAUACUUAGUAAUAAUAAUAGUGACAAUACACGUAAAACAGGUCUUUCAAAAGCCUUGAGCAAAUUAACAAAUCGUUAA